CAGACCCGGCCACAGGCACGAGCACAACCACAACCACAACCACACCCACACCCACUCUUACUCCAAACAACCCAUCUCCUUCCUCCGACUCAAAACCAUUGAAAUCGUCAACAGGGGAGCCCCAUACACCACCCUCGGGUUCAUCUGGUAACACUCAAGUUGCGGUAGGUGCUGCAAUAGCUGGAGUUUUGUUAAUUAUUUUGGUUGCCGUGCUUUUUGUUUUCUCAAGGAAGAAGAAAAGACGGGGAGAUUUAUAUCCCGGCCCCUACAUGCCUCCUAACAACUUCUGUGUGAAAUCAGAUGGAAAUUACUAUCCCCAUCAACAUAUGGGCAACUCUGGUUCGCCAGAAGGCUUCUAUACUCAGGUACCGCAUACUCCUGUUGGAAACAGCUUUGGGAGUCAAAAAGGAACCGUAUACAGUGGCAGUGGAGUGGAGUCGGGGGUUAUAAGCACCGCUAAGUUCUUCUUCAGCUAUGAGGAGUUGAUGGAAAUUACGUUUGGAUUUUCGCGUCAAAACAUUCUUGGGGAAGGUGGGUUUGGAUGUGUUUUCAAGGGUUGGCUUCCAGAAGGGAAGCCAGUGGCUGUGAAGCAACUCAAGGCAGGAAGUGGACAGGGGGAGAGGGAAUUCAAGGCCGAAGUCGAGAUUAUCAGUCGUGUUCAUCAUCGACAUUUGGUGUCUUUAGUGGGCUACUGCGUCUCAGAGAAUCAUAGAUUGCUCAUCUAUGAGUUUGUUCCUAAUAUGACUCUUGAGCAUCAUCUCCAUAGUAAAGGAGUCCCUGUGUUGGAUUGGUCUAAAAGACUCAAAAUUGCUUUGGAGCUGCAAAGGGUUUGGCAUAUCUGCAUGAGGAUUGUGAGUCAUCCCAAGAUUAUCCACAGAGACAUCAAGUCAGCCAACAUUUUACUGGAUGAUGCUUUUGAGGCACAGGUUGCAGAUUUUGGACUUGCGAAACUGACGAAUGAUACACACACCCACGUAUCGACUCGUGUCAUGGGGACAUUUGGAUACAUGGCACCUGAAUACGCAUCAAGUGGGAAAUUGACAGACAGAUCAGAUGUAUUCUCGUUUGGGGUUGUGCUUCUUGAGCUUAUUACUGGUCGUAAGCCUGUUGAUCCUUCUCAACCUUUGGGGGAUGAGAGUUUGGUCGAAUGGGCUCGUCCACACCUCAUACGUGCCCUUGAAACUGGGGAGUUCGGCGAAUUGACAGAUCCACGACUUGAAAAACAUUACGUGGAAAGUGAAAUGUUCAGAAUGAUCGAAGCAGCAGCUGCCUGCGUUCGUCAUUCGGCUCCCAAACGGCCUCGCAUGGUUCAGGUGGUGAGGGCACUAGAUACUGAAAGUGACAUGUCCGACCUCUCCAAUGGUGUCAAAUUUGGCCAGAGUACCAUCUAUGAUUCUGGACAAUACAGUCAAGACAUUUCUAGAUUCAGGAGAAUGGCACUCGGUGGAGACAGCUCCGAAUUCGACGUUUAUAGUAGCGAAUACAAUUCAAGAGAAAUGACUGCAAGUCAAGAAUCAUGGAGAUACCAAGAUAACUCAAGUGGUGAACAAGAAACUCGAGCCUUUAAAGGACAAAGUAGCACACCACAAAGUCACUUCGGCAGUCGACAAUUCUAAUAUGAUGCUGAAACAAGGCGUAAAUAAUGUGUAAAGCUUCUUCCUUUUUUUCCCCAUUUUUGACUUAGUUAUUCUUAUUUUAUCAUAAACUUAUACAUCCCUCUACACUAAGGAGGUGUGAAAAAUAGUUAUAUGGAUUUUUAUAUUAAACACCAUAUGUCAUUAAUUUAAAAGAGGAUGAUGAGGGAUAUUCUACUUUUGGUAUUGCUAUGGUGGUUAUAUUAUAUGUAUUGCGUUUUUAAUUUUUGACAGUAUACUAU